UCGUACACACUAAGCUCAUUCAUUCUCGUUCACACACCUAUUAUACGUUUUCCAUUUUGUGAUGCGGUGAUGCCAGUUCGUUGUCAUUGCGCACGCGUACUUGCAGCGAUACAGUUGCUUCUUUGAGAGCAAAACAAUACAUUACAAAACAUGUUAUUGUAGCAUUGCUAACUAUAAUAACGUUUUUAUUGAGUUAGUUUGUGUAAUUAAAUUUAAUUUGUGAUAAUCAAAAUGAGUGCCAAAAAAGUUUGCGAUACAAAAAUUUUCGAGGACGAGACGACGGACUCUGGAUUUUUAUCUGGACCGUUGAGUGAACAGCUGUUGUCGUCAGACAACUUGGACACGAGAGAUGAACCAGUGGAUAGUGACAAAAACAAAAAAGUGAUCAGUGAAUAUCCAGAGCUCGACAGUGGAGUGGAUCUGUGCUUGUCUGAGUGCAUGUCAAAUGUAAAUCUAAGUGAUCCCACGCCCACGGCCACGGCCCAGGCGCCCUUAAUAGUUAUUGAGAGCGAGACCACACAGCAAAAGAACCAAGAUAUCCCACCCCUUUCAAUAUUGUUCCAGCAGGAUGAUGAUGGAGACACGCAACUCCACAUCGCAGCAGUUCACGGCUGUGAAAAGUCAGUGGGUACCCUGAUUAGGGUGUGUCCUGACAAGGCGUGGCUGGAUGUCCCUAAUGACUAUGGCCACACGGCCCUCCACCUCGCGGUCAUGAGCGGUCACGCCGUGGUCACUAGGAUGCUAAUCCGCGCUGGCUCCUCCCUAGCCACCAGAGACGUGAAAGGAGAAACGCCACUUCAUAAGGCAGUGAUUGGAAACCACCUCGAGUGCCUACAAGCGCUUCUAUCGCCAGUACCGGAACAGGCGCAAAGGAAGCUGUCAACCAUUUUGAAUCAGAAAAAUUAUCGAGGUCAGACGUGCGUACAUCUGGCGGCCAGUGCGGGCCACAUCGAGGCGCUCCAGACGCUCAUAUACUUCGGAGCUGACGUCAACGCCAAGGAGGGCCUGGCGGGCUGGACGGCGCUGCACGUGGCGGCGCGGAGGGCGGACGCGCGCGCGGCGCAGCUGCUGCUGCAGCGCGGCGCGCGCGCGGCCGAGCGCGACUACGCCGGCCGCACGCCGCGCCGCCUCGCGCGCGACUCGCGCCUGGCCGCGCUGCUCGCGCACGGCGGCGACAGCGACAGCGACGACGAUGCGUACGACAGCGACAGCGACAGUGAGAAUCUGUUCGAGAAAAUUCGUCAAAGUAGUAACCCCAUCAACGUCGCCUGAUGAAGUACCACCACCCACAUCACCACCACCUCUGCCCGAGGACCCACUCUCCACUCGUCCCACUCGGGACUCUGAACGAGAAGGCCCCUCUAUGUUCACCUCAGCCAACGUGACCACUUUACUAUCGCCGCUCUGGAGUUAUUGUGGACACGCACUGACUCCAGAGCGGCGGACGUAACCAUUACUAUUAAACCAAUCAUAAUAAUAAAAUUCAAUUAGUUUAUCUAUAGAUAACGACAAAUAACUUUGUAUACUUAAAAACUAUCUUAAAGCAAAAUUGUUCUAAGUUAUUGUACAUCUGAGGGUAGUUUGCAAUUUACAAUCUUUGUUUACUAUAACACAAGACGGCGAUCAGAACUCCGUAAAUAGGAAUAUAAGCUUUAAACAGUAUGAAAUAAAAGUUUAAUUAGUAUGCUGUCUUUCUUGCUGCCGCUCUGGGGUUAGUGCGGUCACGCACUGACUUCGAAGCGACAGAGUACAAAGUACUUAUAAAACAAUUAAUAAAUCUGUGUACUGAAAUUGAUCACAUAUAAUCAUUGCUGUAGUACGUUUCAAUAGAAUUUAUACCAGAGUGACUAUUUUUGAAAUACUACAAAAGAUAUAAUUCCAAGUUCUAUUGAAAUGUAGUACAACGUCGCUGUUUCAACAGUACUUCAUGCGUUAUACGUAUGUAAUCUCUGUUCAUAUGUUACAUAUAUGAUUAACAGCAUCGUAGCUUUACUUGUAUUUGUCAUCUAUUUUUCUUUAUGUUAUCUGUAUUCUAAACUGUGUAAAUUUUUAAAUCCUAAAUUUUUAUAUCUCAUAAAGUAAGUUUAUCUAUGAUUUUUAAAUUCUAUUUUAUAUGUAAAAUGCUGUUAAUCAUUUUAAACUAAUUAUCAUUUUCUUACAUAUUGUAGAGUGCAAUGUACUUGCCCUAAAACAUUGUCAAUCAACUUUAAUAUUCCUUUGAAGUCUCUUAUCAAUUGAAGUGAUAAUAAACAUGUCAAUUGUAAUAUUAUUGAAAUGUUUAUCUGUCGAUGACAUAUUUCUUGGUAAUGUCGCAUAGAAAUUUAAAUAAAAUUUCCUAAAUAUCGUGACUUAAUAAUGAAAGUCUGACUAUUUUGUCGGUUUUCAAAAUUAUAUUGAGACUGUUGUCUUAACCACACAAAUCAAUCUAAUUUGUGUCCUCUCUAUGUGACACGGGCACAAAUGCACAAAUGAAAGCCAUUAAAUUGUGUUAAUUAAUCAAAACCUUGUGACUGUAUAAAAAUUGAAUUAGUGAGUCAUAUAUAAAUGAUUUAAUUGUUUCGUUAGAUGAGCCAUUGUCGUGAAUUUCAUAUUAAAUUGGGCCAAUACUUGAGCAUUUCAUGUGCUGUGUUACACCAUGUUUAGUAUCGUUUUAUUAGAAUGUAUAUAAUUCGUUACAAGAUCUUUCUGUAAGAGCUUGUUACUAUGAAUGUAAAACUUUCAAACUAUUUUUACAAAUUUGUCUACAUUGUACUAAAAUGGAUUAUACGAAUGGGGACGUCUUCCUAUAUAUUCAAUAUUGUAUGUUACUAUUAUGUACUAUUAAAAAUAUGUUAUGUAUAUUCUUAUUUAAACGUAUAUUAGGCCGGAUAUAUAAAAAAUUGAAUAAUUCAAAAGAAUUUCAUUAUAUUACUACAUAUUAGUAAGGUCUUGACCCAACUUUCGUGAGAAAGCAGUGCCUAAGACCGUUUAUUAUAAUAUCGCAAGAGAUUUUUCUUUAUAGAAAAGUUUGUGAACGCGAUUAGUUAACUUAGACAAAUGUUUGUUAAGAAUCAGCUGGUUAUGUUAAGCUUAGUUAUAUUAUGUGAGACCGACCGCCGAGGGUCGGCGUACACGAUCGUACGGUCAUAUCUUUAGUUCAUACAUUGUGACGUGAGUUCUACUAGUCUCUGUACAUUAUUAAAUUAUAACUUGUUUAAAAAA